GCGCAUGCGCAGGCCGGCCCCUGCCAGGCCCGGUGGCGGCGGCGGCGGCGGCGGCGGCGGGCGAAGCAGCCGGCCUGCCCCGCUCCGUGGGGCCGCCAGCGAGCUGGCGGUGCGGGCGGUGGGGCCUGAGCGACUGCGGGCGGAGAGACAAGAGAUAAUUGAUUCCAUUAUGUGUGCGUCGGCCAAAUAUAACACUCGGGGUCCAGCCCUCAUCCCAAGGAUGAAAACCAAGCAUCGCAUCUACUACAUCACUCUCUUUUCCAUAGUUCUGCUUGGCCUAAUUGCCACAGGAAUGUUCCAGUUCUGGCCUCACUCCAUUGAGUCAUCCAGUGACUGGACCGUUGAAAAACGCAGUGUCCAUGAUGUGCCUGUGGUCAAGCUUCCUGCUGAUAGCCCCAUUCCUGAGCGGGGAGACCUCAGCUGCAGGAUGCACACCUGCUUUGAUGUCUAUCGAUGUGGCUUCAAUCCCAAAAACAAAAUCAAGGUAUACAUCUACUCGCUGAAAAAGUAUGUGGAUGAAUACGGGACCUCAGUGAGCAACACCAUUUCCAGGGAAUACAAUGAGCUGCUAACUGCCAUCUCUGACAGUGAAUUCUACACUGAUGAUGUCAACCGGGCCUGCCUUUUUGUGCCAUCCAUAGAUGUCCUCAAUCAGAAUGCGCUCCGUAUCAAGGAGACAGCUCAGGCUUUGGCACAGUUAUCCAGGUGGGAUCGAGGCACAAAUCACUUGCUCUUCAAUAUGCUGCCUGGAGGGCCACCAGAUUAUAAUACUGCCCUAGAUGUUCCUAGAGACAGAGCUCUGCUGGCUGGUGGAGGCUUCUCCACAUGGACUUACCGGCAAGGCUACGAUGUCAGUAUUCCUGUUUACAGCCCGUUGUCGGGGGAAGUGGAUCUGCCAGAAAGAGGACCAGGUCCUCGCAGGUAUUUCAUUCUGUCAUCUCAAAUGGCUCUGCACCCAGAAUACCGGUCUGAGUUGGAAGCUCUUCAAGCUGAGAAUGGGGAAUCAGUGUUGAUCCUAGACAAAUGUACAAAUCUGUCAGAUGGGGUCCCUGCUGUUCGCAAACGCUGUCACAAGAAUCAAGUCUUUGAUUAUCCUCAAGUGCUUCAGGAGUCUACGUUCUGUGUCGUUCUACGUGGAGCCCGCUUGGGACAGGCUGUGCUAAGUGAUGUUCUUCAAGCUGGCUGUGUCCCAGUGAUCAUUGCUGACUCCUACAUUUUACCUUUCUCUGAGGUUCUGGACUGGAAGAGGGCCUCUGUUGUGAUCCCUGAAGAAAAGAUGCCUGAAAUGUACAGUAUUCUGCAAAGUGUCCCCCAGCGACAGAUUGAAGAAAUGCAAAGACAGGCAAGGUGGUUCUGGGAAGCAUAUUUUCGAUCAAUGAAAGCAAUUGCUCUUGCUACUCUUCAGAUUAUCAAUGACAGAAUUUAUCCAUAUGCUGCCAUUUCUUAUGAAGAAUGGAAUGAUCCCCCAGCUGUGAAAUGGAGCAGUGUGAGCAACCCACUCUUCCUUCCACUGAUCCCACCUCAGUCCCAAGGUUUCACAGCCAUAGUUCUGACCUAUGACCGGGUGGAGAGCCUUUUCCGAGUCAUCACGGAGGUGUCUAAAGUGCCUAGUCUAUCCAAAUUAUUAGUUGUCUGGAACAACCAGAACAAGAAUCCACCGGAAGAGUCCCUCUGGCCAAAGAUUCGUGUUCCCCUGAAAGUUGUUAGGACUGCAGAAAACAAACUUAGUAACCGUUUCUUCCCCUAUGAUGAGAUUGAAACAGAAGCAGUGUUGGCUAUUGAUGAUGAUAUCAUUAUGCUAACGUCCGAUGAACUCCAGUUUGGUUAUGAGGUUUGGCGUGAGUUCCCCGACAGGUUGGUUGGAUAUCCAGGCCGCCUGCAUCUUUGGGACCAUGAGAUGAACAAAUGGAAAUAUGAAUCAGAAUGGACCAAUGAAGUCUCAAUGGUGCUCACUGGAGCAGCGUUUUAUCACAAGUAUUUCAACUACCUUUACACCUACAAAAUGCCUGGAGACAUCAAGAAUUGGGUGGAUGCUCAUAUGAAUUGUGAAGAUAUUGCCAUGAAUUUUCUAGUGGCAAAUGUCACUGGCAAAUCAGUCAUUAAGGUGACCCCACGAAAGAAGUUCAAAUGUCCAGAAUGCACAGCAAUUGAUGGGUUAUCACUGGACCAGACACACAUGGUGGAAAGAUCUGAAUGCAUCAAUAAGUUUGCCUCUGUCUUUGGGACCAUGCCUCUAAAAGUGGUGGAGCACCGUGCCGACCCUGUCCUGUACAAAGAUGACUUUCCUGAGAAACUGAAGAGCUUUCCCAAUAUCGGCAGCUUGUAAAGGCAGCUGUGAGACAAACCCGAGUGACAAAAAUGACAGCUGAAAAGGUGCUAUGAGGAAUAAUAUAAGACCCUGAAGAAAAAAAUUGCUAGAAAGUGGGUUACAUCUGAGGGAGAUGGGAAUUAAUGUUGUAUUCCGGUAUGUUGUCUUCCCUUUGCGUUGCACAAAGAUGUAAUGGAAAGCCGAACAACUGCUUCUCUGUUGCUCACAGAGGACUGAAUCUAUUCAUGGGUCCUCCCAGAAAUGUCAAACACACACUUUUCUCUAAAGGAGGCUGUGCACCUGGAAGAAUAAAGCAGAAUCUCGCUCUCUGUGGUCUGACUGGCAUGACUGACCUCUUCUAUCAAAUGUGCUGCAGCUCUCUGGUUUGUUACGCAUCCAUCCAUUCAAAGCAGCUGUCUGCAAUGUAUAGCUGCUCUCUUUUGGGAGGAGCUUAUUGCCUGUGCGGUUGGUGGGCCUCUGUCUUUUGAUCUUAAUUGUUGGCUUAAGUAACUGUGUAACAAACAUUUUCUUCUGCAUAGUGAGACAAAUGUUUAUUUUUUUACAAUGUCAACAACAGAAAUCUGUGUGCUGUCACAUGGUUUAAAGGGCAAAGCAUUUUGUGUUACUUAAAUUAUUUUGUUGCAAAUUGAGACACGCAGCAGCUGGGAGGACGGUCUCCUUCAAAGCAGAGACCUGCAGGACAGAACUCCAAUUGCUGCACCUCUUCUUCCUGCGUAAAUCUCAGGUUUUCUGCUGCAUCUGUGCAAAAGACUGUGACUCUACAUCAAAACUAGUUGUGUUAUACAGAAAAAGAUGUAUCUUUCAGUCUUAUUAUAUUUUUUAUUUUCAUUUUCAAAACAGCGGUCAGGUUACAGUUUUACAUCGUAGCCAUACAUAGGAACAACAGCUAUGAAAUUAAGUUUUUUUGCAGCUGAAUCCUCUUCAGCAAUCAGUGUGUUGUAGUAUUCAUUUGUAAAACACUUAAAUUUAGAGAAAUUCCCAGUUACAGCUUCAAUGUGCAGGGAUUUGUGUAUGUACAAGACACUAUUAACGCACACUUACAAACUCCUGUAAAUUACCAUUGUUGGGAAAACUGUUGGGUCUUCGCUUGUAAUUUAAGGAACCCAUUGCCACAGGCUGCCACUGAAAUAUAUAGCUUAGGAAGGCUUUUGGAGAAGCUUUAUGUUCUUAUGAGCAUUGGAAUUGUUUCUCAAUACUGAAAUUAACCUGAAUUAGAAAACUAAAUGCAACCAAAUUAGAAAUAAAAUUGCCUGGACUGUUACUGUUUUGUUUCCCUUUGAUAUUAAAGGUGAUCCCAAGUUGGGCUGAGAAAGGAAUCUCUUUUCCAGCUCCACUGAUAAAAUGUAUGUUACCAGAUAAGGGUGAUUUCACUGUCUUUUGAAACCUCCAUUGCUGCCAGUUACAGACACAUCCUACUUGAUGGGCUGUUUUUCUGUUACACUGCAAGCAACCUUAUUCCUCAGAUUUUGCCAAACCCCAAACAAUAGGACAAGUGUUAGGCAUCACGGUUCACCCCCUCUCCUAAGCUGGAUACGCAGCAAUGACAGAAACCAAAUGAAAGUCAGGCUAGAAACAGGAAACAUCUGCUCCUAUUUGUCUCACCCCCACUAAGACUUAUCUUAUUGCCCAAUGCAGUGGAUGUGCUGUGAAUGAAAAUCAUAUUGGAACAAUAGCUCUGAGGGGAUGCUUCACUUCAUAACUCCCCUGGGAUGUGCCUGUAAACUGUAUCGUUCAAUUCUCUGGGAACGUUUAAUUACUACUAAAUGUUUUGCGCUGCAGUCUUUUUUUCAUUCCUAAGUUGCUGUGGGAAGGGGCUAUUGGGGAGCUAGGAGGAUCGCUGUUGCAGUGACAACAACUGCUGUCUGCGCAGUGGGUAUCACAAGACAGAGAGGAAGGUUUGUCGCUCACUGUUUCACCUUUGCACCCUCUCAGGUUCAUUCACAUGAACUUUCUUUCUCAAUCUUCCUGUUGAUUUAUGUCCCGGUGCUCAAGCACCAGGAGAUACCGGCGUAUUUCCCCUGAGAAUUUUGCCUUGAAAGGGUAGCUGUGACAGUGCAGUAGUCACUUCAGUUUUGGCUGUUCUUUUGGGGCUGGUCGCAGCUUGGCAGGCCUUAGCAGUUUAACUGAGUUAUAACAUCUUCCUUACACAGAGUUGUGAAGCUGCUGUGAUUUCUCGGUUCUUUCUCAGUAAGCCAGUAAAAAGUGCACGUUUUGCACAGAGUGUUAAAAGACACGGAGGAUUUGAAAUAGUUGGUGGAAUGGUUUUAGCUGGGGACUACCUAACCAACCCUCCUAAACUCAUCUGUAGUCUCAGGUCAGUAAAAAAGCAACAGGUCUGUGUACCUGCGUCCUAAAACAUCUGAGUGGAUUGCCCUUCCACAAAAUGCCCAGUGACCCCAAUCAACCAUGUUUUGUCCUCUGGUAUUUUACAGUUGCUUUUAUGGGGCCACCUCAUUUAGGUGGUGAUUUGUCUCCGAUUUGUGCCGUGGAGAAAAUUGGGCAGUUGACUGUAAAAAUAUUUGUAAAAUGGCGUACUUCCCCUCUACGUUUAUAAUUGUGAUGUUCUUCAUGCAAAAUCUGUAAGGGUAAGAUGUAUGUGUACGUCUGAUUUGGAAUGAGUUUGUUGUCAAUCUUUAAGAUCGUUUUUAACUUUUUCGUUGUAUAUAUGUUAUUAAAAAAAAAAUUAAUGUUGGUAUAUUAAAAAGUAAAUCCAA